AUGAGGCGUGGAAACAGCUACACAAACUGGAUGAGGCGAGCAAACAGCCACACAAACUGGAUAAGGUCAGCCAUUUUCCCGCUUCUUGUUGGACGAAGAAGUAUAUUCGGACAGUCUUACCCGGCUUCCCGGCUCCGUGAGGGCGAUGCAUCCACAUUUGCUCAAGAAAAGGUUUAUCCAAACGACAAAGUGUUCGUUGGUAUACAGGAUUACCGAGACUGGAGCAGCUCCAAGCAAAACUGCGAAAGCUUUGGAUGGAAACUGGCGAGCGCCGAAUCAUUGUCCAUGUUAGACAGAACCAAGAUUCUGAUGCAGAACAACAACUUCUGGCUAGGGGCAAAGAAGGAAAUCGGCGACGUAUGGCGUUGGUUGUCUGGUGUUACAAUGUCGCCACUUCCGUUGGAGAAUGACAAUGAUCGAGAAUAUAGUAUCAAGUGCGUUUUGGUUUAUCAGGGUGCGCCAGACGACGCUACCUGCGCCGCCGAGGUGAUGCAUGUUUGUGAAAUAACAUUUUAA